GCCCCGCCAAUCCCCGCUCCUCCCGCUACGGCCGAGCUCUGCGAUGCCCCGCUAUGAACUGGCUUUGAUCCUGAAAGCCAUGCAAAGGGGUUGGUACAGUAGGCCUCACUAAACUUAGCUGCAACUAAGAAUUUCUCCUACAUCAACUGAGUUAAGGCUGAUGCUCUUGUGGAAUGUGGAUUAAAAGUGCGUGCUAAGUUCCAAAUUUCCAUUUGAGAAGCGGAGAAACUAAAUGUACCACAACCACCAGCAUCAGGACAGCAAACCAAGGGACAAAGAAUUUGAUCCGCAGUGUUGAUACAUGUUAACUGGUUCACGUGUUGCUUAAGAGACGUUUGCUGGGGGGCGAGAAGUGGACGUCAGCUGUGCGAAGUCAUUUUGUUUACAAAAAUGAGGGCUUCUUUGGAAACAGCAGACAUUGCCAUUGUGGCGCUGUACUUCGUGCUUGUAAUGUGCAUAGGUUUUUUUGCCAUGUGGAAAUACAAUCGAAGCACCGUAAGUGGCUACUUCUUGGCAGGGCGUUCUAUGACCUGGGUAGCGAUUGGUGCAUCUUUAUUUGUGAGCAAUAUUGGAAGUGAACAUUUCAUUGGGCUCGCAGGAUCUGGAGCGGCAAGUGGAUUUGCAGUAGGUGCAUGGGAAUUCAACGCCUUAAUGCUUUUGCAGCUUUUAGGAUGGGUCUUUGUCCCUGUCUACAUCCGGUCAGGAGUGUACACCAUGCCGGAAUACUUGUCCAAGCGUUUUGGAGGGCAUAGAAUCCAAAUCUAUUUUGCAGCAUUGUCUCUAAUUCUUUAUAUCUUCACCAAACUUUCAGUUGACUUGUAUUCAGGGGCGCUUUUUAUUCAAGAAUCGCUAGGUUGGAAUCUCUAUUUGUCAGUAAUCCUCCUUAUUGGAAUGACUGCACUGUUGACUGUGACCGGAGGUCUUGUGGCUGUCAUCUACACAGACACCCUUCAAGCUCUGCUUAUGAUUAUUGGUGCCCUCACACUUAUGAUCAUAAGUAUUAUGGAGGUUGGUGGGUUUGAAGAAGUUAAAAGAAGGUACAUGUUAGCAUCACCAAAUAUUACGUCUAUCUUGUUAACCUACAACAUUUCCAAUACCAAUUCCUGCAAUGUGGACCCAAAGCCCGACGCUCUUAAAAUGUUGCGUGAGCCAACAGAUGAAGAUAUUCCCUGGCCUGGAUUUCUGCUGGGACAGACUCCAGCAUCUGUCUGGUACUGGUGUGCUGAUCAAGUCAUAGUGCAGAGAGUUUUAGCUGCAAAAAACAUUGCUCAUGCCAAAGGAUCCACUCUGAUGGCAGGCUUCUUAAAGUUACUGCCAAUGUUUAUUAUAGUUGUCCCGGGGAUGAUUUCACGAAUACUGUUUGCAGAUGAUAUCGCCUGCAUUAAUCCAGAACACUGUUUUCAAGUCUGCGGGAGCAGAGCCGGAUGCUCUAACAUUGCCUAUCCACGUUUGGUGAUGAAACUUGUGCCGGUUGGUCUUCGGGGACUGAUGAUGGCUGUGAUGAUUGCUGCACUGAUGAGUGACCUGGACUCUAUAUUCAACAGUGCCAGCACCAUAUUCACGCUUGAUGUCUACAAACUCAUUCGGAAGAGUGCAACGUCUAGAGAACUGAUGAUUGUAGGAAGAGUCUUUGUGGCAUUCAUGGUAGUUAUAAGCAUUGCCUGGGUCCCCAUAAUUGUUGAAAUGCAAGGUGGUCAGAUGUACCUUUAUAUUCAAGAGGUAGCAGACUAUCUGACCCCACCGGUGGCUGCUCUGUUUCUUAUGGGUAUAUUUUGGAAGCGUUGCAAUGAACAGGGAGCGUUCUAUGGCGGAAUGGCUGGGUUUGUCCUUGGAGCGAUACGGUUGAUACUGGCAUUUAUCUAUCGUGCUCCGGAGUGUAACCAACCAGAUACUAGGCCAAGCUUUAUCAAAAACAUCCAUUACAUGUAUGUUGCUACAGCUCUGUUCUGGAUCACUGGAAUUGUGACCUUUAUAGUGAGCCUUCUUACGCCUCCGCCUACAAAGGAACAGGUUCGAACAACCACUUUCUGGGCUGUGAGAAACAGGAAUGUAAAAGAGAAUACUGCAAAGGGGGAGCGGUACAAAAUACAAGAAAAGAACAUCUUGAGGUGUAAUGAAAAUACUAACCAUAUCAUUCCAAAUGGCAAAUCUGAAGAAAACAUUAAAAAUAUUAAGCCUGAGGAUAUCAAUCUUCUGGUUACUUGCAGAGAUGACAGCAACCCGGUGAUUUCUGUAAGUCACUCUGAAGUCGAGACACCAGUUGAUUGCUAUUCGAAUGGACAAGUGGCUUUGAUGGGUGAGAAAAAGCACGAGGAAGAAACUGAUGAUAGAGAGAGACAUUUGAAAUUCAUAGAUUGGUUCUGUGGCUUUAAAAGUAAAAACAUGAACAAGAGAGCUGUUCGGGAGAUGGAGGAAGAGACUGUUUGUUUACAAAUGCUGGAAGAGACUCCAAAAGUUAAACUAUUACUAAAUACUGGACUGGUCUGUGUCUGUUCGCUUGGAAUAUUCAUGUUUGUCUAUUUCUCUUUGUGAGUGAAUAGUGAACUUUUAAGGGUAUGGCUAAACAUACAGAAGUUGAUACAGGUCUCUGGAGAUUUUUUUAUUUUUAUUUUUUCCAAGUAACAUAACUGCAACCCAGGCAUUGUUUACGCUAUAACUGUAAAAUCAACUCAACUUUAGCCUAUUUAGAGACCAUUUGAGACAUGCUGUCCUAUCUGCUGAAAGCAGGAUGUGUUGUGUGGUGUCUCUCUCCCUCUUUCUUCCCUCCUCUCCCCUCAUUUGCAGUACUAAUCUUUUCUUUUUUUUCCAUGUACACGUGUGUAAAUAUACCAAAGGCAGGCAGGUGGCUGUGUUUGAAGUCAGGCAGUUCUAGAGUUCAGUCAACAUUAAGAUGAAGAUAACAAGUAAUCGUUUACCUUUGUGUAAAAUCUAAAAUGAUUAAAGCUAUGUCGAAAGAUUUUGAAUGCAAAGUUGUGAUGCACAUCAUUGUAUCAUUGUUCUUUGUAAUGUAGCUGUGUUAUCUUGGCCAACAUAAUACUUAUGAAUCUUACUCGUCACUUCCAGUGUUUUCAGCUUCUCAGUUCUCUUAUGGCAACAACAGAAUGAUAUUUUUCCUGUAGUAAUUUAAAAUGUGAUACCUGUUAGUAGCUUUCUGUCGUUCUUCCCUGGAAGGAAAUGUUUAUCUUUUGAUCUUUAUCCUUUGUAAAUUGCAGUACUGAAAAGCUGUUGUAUUUAAAUCAAAGAAACCCUGGAGAUGACGAACUGGCAAUGGAAGAGAGAGAAAAAGGGGGGUGAAAAAGGGUUCUCUUCAUUGUGAUUUUAUAGUAUAUCGAAGUGGAAGAAUAUACAUUCAAUGCUGACAGUCCACAAAACUGUAGCCUUAUGUUGUCAUUGACAUAAUUAGGGUUUACCUCUUUUUAGAGAAAAAUCUAUACAUAGGCUCUGCCACAUGGGAGAAAGAGAAAUGUUAGACUUCACAUGUCUUAAAUUUAAAAUUAAAAUAUAAGUCUUUUUUUCCUCCAUGAUGGGGAAAAAGGGAAUGCUCCACAGCCUUAUCGCUGCUGUAUGUUGAGUCUGGAAGGGGAGAAAACAAAGGAGAGGGGAAGGGGAGGUGAGGGAGAGAGGUGCAAAGUCCCUGUUUUCCAGAGUCACAUCCAGGCUGCCUUUGGAACUAACUCCUGCAGCAGUCUUUGCUCCAGAGCUCGUCUGGGAAAUUCGAGAGAGCCCAAGUGGCCUGGCUGAAACAGUGUGAGGGGCUGUGCCGACAAUGCCCGAUGUGUUUUAAGGGACCAAAAAUGUUUCCUAUGCACAGUCAAAUUUCUUGAUAAACUUGAGAACAGAUAGUUCCGUAGAGAUGAAAUUUGGGUUAAUCUUGCCAUUGGGCGGUUGGACUCGGUGAUCUCUGGAGGUCCCUUCCAACCCCUACAAGUCUGUGAUUCUAUAAUUCUGUGACUGUUGGAGACAGUCAGUGUCUCCAGUUGUUUUCCAGUACAGUGGGUCCUGUAAGCUGCAGGCUGCUUAAGUAGCUUUUAGCAAUAUGAUAUAUGAUGUGUAUUUUCAAGCAAACCAAUUAAUGUUGGGUUUUGUGGAGGAUUUUUUUGUUUGUUUUGAAAUCAGUUGAUUCCCAUUAGCUCUGAGACUUUAGUUAGAGGGUGAGAUGUCUCACCUUUCUCCACUUCAUUUAGUUGUUGCCACUGUGAAGUAGGAUACUCUAACUGGAAAUACGGUAGUGUUGGAACCCUGUUGGAGUAUAUCUAAGAGAGGAGAGUUACCAUACCUGAGUCUUGGUGUAAAUACACAUUUUCUUGCAGUUUGUGGCUCACUUCACUCAGAAAAAAAUAUUUUAAUUCCUCCUUAAUGGUAAAAUUCUAGUAUAUGAAGUAUACUAGAAUUAAAGGAAUCUCAAGUUAAUAAUGGGGUGAGUUGGGAAUAAUGAUAUUAUAUGUAAAAGACAUAAAACAUCAUCAAAUGUUUCCAUGCAGGAUAAAAUAAUCUAGGACAGAACUUGCCUGAUGUUACUGGAGUGAAAAAUGACUCGUAGGAUGAGAAUAAGCCUCAGACUAUCAGUAUUUUCUUGAAAAGCCUAGGUUCUAGUGUGCCAGAUUUGGCACAGGCAAAGAGACUUACGUGCUGGGCACUGUCCUUUACUAACUUGGCUUGUCUUUCUAUCAGCAGCUGGUACUUGGGUUUUCCAGAGCAGUCUUUUUGGCUCUAAUACUAACAAAUGCAUUACCACCUAACCUGUGCAGUUAGGUUAGCUCAGGGACCCUUCUGCUUGGCUGCCCUUGCUUUGUCCUUGCUUACUUUUUUUCCAGGGUGCCUUAUGUAGUUAUGAAGCUGAAGGCAUGGCUUUUAGUGCCACCUAAAUAGCAAUUUGCUUAUAAUGUGUUUUCCCAGGUUGUUUUUCCCUCCUCUUUCCCCAAGUCAUUUGCUGUUUAAACAGAACGGAGUUCUAUCUCUGUUCUGUUUAAAUAGUCUGUACAUGGGAUGCGUGUAUCAGUAUAACUGCAGUCAGAUCCAUGGUCAAACUGAUCCUUUGAUCACCGUAUGGAGUCAGAAUUUUUCCCAAACGUGCAGUGCAGCCUUUGACUGUUGAAUCUGAGAUACUCAAUAUUCCAGUUAAUACGUUCUUAUUUUUGCUGCACUAACAAGUUGCCAAAUCAAUAUAAGUGAUAAUUGACAGGCAUUUAGAAUCUUCAUGAAGUAAUACUCUCACUAUUUAAACCAUUCUUGUGAAGAAGCUUUUUAGCAAAUUGUUUAUUUGGUGGUUCUUUUUUCUCUUAAGUCAUUUACAAACAUUUCUAUGGUACUCUCUGCCUGAUGUCGGCCUCUUCAGUCGUGUUCUGUUUCCAUGUCUUAGAGGUGUCAUAGAGCUUGCCCGAUAUUCUUUGCUGCAUGUAACCACUUAACAAAAUCCUUUUAUCUCCCCAAACUUUAAGGCUUCAACAACUGUUGGUGAGCAAACGCCUCACUCAGUCUAAGAGACUAUAGUGUUAGAAGUUGCUCGAGGGUUUUUUUUUAUAGCGUAAACAUGCCUUUGCUAAUUUUUUGGUCAUGAUCUACUUGCAAUCCUGGUUAAUAUGUUUGGGUCCAAACACCAACUUUUUGGUCUAGUAGAACUGCAGUUUGUCCUGCAAUGGACAACUGGUUCCAUACAUGUUAAUGACUGGCCUCCUAUCAGGUGGGACUGGCAAGCUCACAGGGGCAGAGCCAGGGGGAUGCAUGGCUUCCCUCUCUGCAGCAGGGGGAUUAUUUAUUGCCUUGAACUUAGAAUGACAGUCUUGAAGAAGUCGUUUUGGAGCUACACCUUUUUUGUUGUUGUUACCCUUAACUUAUUUUUCUUUUAAGAUAUCUGAAUCUUCUCCCAGAAAUCUGUUAGAAGCCUUUUAUU